AUGACUUUGAAUCAGCUGAUAUCACAGAUUUUUGGAGCUAACGCGUAUUCCAACUACUUUGGCCGAGUCUGGCUCUUGUUCUAUCUGUAUCGAGUCGUGGUCUACAUUAUAUCUGCCAAGUACUUGUGGAUUGACCAUUUUGUGUGCAACACACGCCAGCCGGGCUGCACCAAAGUCUGCUAUGAGCACUUCUUCCCCAUCUCCCCCAGCCUGUUAUGGGCCCUGCAGCUGGUCGCCAUCACUUGCACUUCUUUGCUGGUGCGGUGCUGGUACCAGGGGCGCAUACAGAAGAAACGCAGGAAUACAAGCAGCCACAAGGGGGCACACCUACAUGAGAAGAAGAAGCAGAACAGCUUGUGGUGUAUGUACCUGCUCAGCCUGCUACUGAGGGCUGGUUUGGACGUGCGUUACCUUUUUCUCCUCUACCACAUCUACGAUGGCUACGACACACCCAGUAUCAUCAGGUGCUCGGUGAGCCCGUGUCCGAACAUCGUGGACUGCUACCUCUCGCGUCCCACCGCAAAGAAGAUCUCCUUGCUCUUCAUGGUGGUGUCGACGUGUGUCUGCAUCGUCAUGAGCGUCUGUGAGAUGGUCUAUCUGAUCUACCAGAAGAUCCACAGGCAGUACAAGAAGAGUCGCCAGUGGAUGUUUCCGGAGAGACAUGAGCUUGGCGAGCUCGUACUGCCCAGGUCCGACCCGACCGCUUCCAGAGCCCUGUCCAGAGCCUCGUCCAGAACCUCGGUCCAAAACCCCCACAGUCCACAGUUAUAUUAG